AUGCCGUCGCCCGACCUGCGUGCAAACAACAGCCUCAAUCGCUGGAUAUUUCUGUCCAGCAAUCUCAAUCAAUGGCUCGACCAUUUCGUAUUUAAUCCGAGUAUCACUCAGAACCUCGUCGGCACUCUCGAAGGCGGGGAAGAUAUCUGCCAACUCUGUUAUCACCCCGAUCGCCAGAUCAUCCUCAAAAUCGUUGUGAGUCAAGCGGCGAUAAUCACAGCGAUGUCGAUCAAGGCAUACUCAAUGAGGAAGGCGGAAGGCAGUGUGGGGCUAGAGUUCGUACUUGCGAGCAUCGACGGGGAGCAGCUCGGCCUGCUCGACCCGCCCAAGGAGACUUCCCGUCGACCGGCCGAGCUUGCCCCUCGACCCCGGACCGGCUCAGCAGGAGCUCAACAGAAGGGCAAGGAGCGAGCGACACCAGCGAGCAGCCGUGUCCACUCGUCUACACGCUCCUCCAUCAACCCUGGUCCCCGUAUCGCCCGUCCACCAAAUCCGGACACAGACGCGCCCCCAGGAAGGCCCAAACUGGACGACGAGCUCGACACGAUGCCCGCCGAUGCCUGGGCCCAAGUCCAACAAGAUGCUAUGGCCCUCACCCAUGAACGCCUGAGAAUCUCGCAGUCCCAGUCGGCUAUUCUCGGCGACGACGAUACAACUCAUUGA